AUGAAGAGGCAACAAGGCAGCGCGGCUGGGAGUCCGAGAGGCAGCCCCAAAAACGUCUUGGGGGGUCACACGGGGAGUAUGGCUAAGUCAGUGCGACUCCUCGGGCCGGUGUACAUGGCACCAGCCUUACGCGUGGUGGCCCCGGUUCGCCAGCACAGCCCAGUGCGGGCUAUUCCACCUCGCCGCACUGGUAUGGCUACGGGGAGCAUUCAACCAGGUAAGGUUGGGCAGGCUCGGUGCUCCCGGCUGUCCAGUGCUGUCAGAGCCUUCAUCCUCUCCAGCGCUGCCAGAAGCAGUCUGCUGGUCAUAGCUGGCUUCUCUUUCUACCUGGGCAACGUGUUUCCUGCUGCUAUGGACUACCUGCGCUGUGCUGCAGGUUCGGAUAACACAGCACCACCGACACAGCCCGCUACCAAGGACUAUGGGCUCUCCUUCUCCAUGGCUGACGUGUGUAAGACAUUUAAGCGUGUUAACCCUCGCAAGGCUGCCGACCCAGAUGGCAUCCCUAGCCAUGGCCUCAGAGCAUGCGCAGACCAGCUGGUCAAAACUAAGGAGCUGAUCGUGAACUUCAGAAAACAGCAGAGGAAGCACCCCUAUAUCCACAUCGACAGGACCGCAUUGGAGAAGGUGGAAAUCUUCAACAAAACUAAGGAGCUGAUCGUGAACUUCAGAAAACAGCAGAGGAAGCCACCCCAUAUCCACAUCGACGGGACCACAGUGGAGAAGGUGGAAAUCUUCAAGUUCCUUGUCUUGAUUGAGGUGAUAGUAGGAAUCUCGGCUGUGUUUGGCGGUAUCAUGGCUCUCAACAUGGACGUCUUGCUCCCUGGUCCAUACCUGUCUGUCAUCUUCUUCUGGAUCUUAGUGGCUUGUUUCCCCAGUGCCAUUGCCAGCCAUGUCGUAGCAGAAUACCCCAACAAGUGUCGUGAGUUUUUAAAGGAUAUGUAUUCUGGACAGGUGGAUAUGUUGAUUGCCAUCAGCAGUGUGACCUCCCCACUGCUCUUCUCAGCCUCAGGCUUCCUCUCCUGCAGUGUGCUUAGUUUCAUUGACAUCUCCUUGAAUGAGGUGCCUAGAGCUAAGCAAUCAUAUGACAUCCUGCUGCUGAUUCUGAUGGUGUUGCUGCUGGUGCAGGCUGUUCUGACUCUGGCCACCGUAGUGCACUGUGCCUCCUACAAGAGUCAGCUCCGCAUGGGGGCUCUAGAGUGGGAUGACAGCCAGCAGCUCCCAGCUCUACACUUAGAGCUUGCUCUCUCAGCAACAAGCAUCCAACGGAACACUGGGGACUUUGACAAAGACAAGGCCUGGAAGGCGGUCGUGAUCGUGGCACACUGA